AUGACUGAACAAAUUCAAGGUAUCGAUAAAAAGUUGGGAGCUUUAAUAAAUAUUCAUUGGUUUCCAUUAAAUUCCCAGGGUAAUGUUUACUCAAUGUCAAAAUUAUGCUCACCUUAUGGCACUAAUAAAAUAUUAGUUGCUUCAUUGAAAAGGAAAAUAUUUUCUUGUGGAUAUCAACCGACUAAUAAUAAGAUUCUUCGACCGCAUGUUAAAGAAUUAUUAUUCACUUACAUACCGACUGGUGCUGAAAUAAUUUCUGUCGAUGCAUACAACAAACAUCACUCUGAUGAAGAAUUUGUAAUAGGAAUAACAAUUAUAAAGCCAACCAACGAAGGCAGCGUUGAAAGAUAUCUAAAUAUUUAUUCUGAAAGCACUGGAGAUGGAGAAAAUAAUGAAACGUCAAUUGAAACAAUCGCUCAGAAUUGUCUCACUGUUGAGUUAACAUAUACCCCAUACUUGUUGUUUCAUACGACUAUACAUGAUGAUGAAAUCGGAGAAGAGGUUGUUUGGCUUAUUUCUGGUAGUGAUAAUCAAUUACACAUGAUUCGUGAAGAUAAGUUGAAUCAUGGAUACACGGAAUUUCCAUUGGACAAAUAUUUUCCUGAGUUGAUUAAUUUACAAACUAUUGUUUUGUGGAUUAAUGUUUACUACUAUAAUAAUAAUAAAAGAAGAUUGACUGCAGUAUCCUGUGAAUGUGGCUUAGUUAAAGUAUCGUUAGUUGACGUAGAAAAUAAAAAAAAAUUAAAAGAAUGGAUGCUUCGUUACGAUCGACCUGUAUCAAGAAUACAAAUUUUUUCACAAGAUAAUAAUUUGUCUGACCCAUUUUGUAAUGAAGAUCUUAAUAAGAAAAGAGAUGUAAAUUCGCAACCCAAUUUAAAUAUUCUUAUUGUUAACUCACUAGUUCCAUCAAUAGUUUUCACAGAUAUUUUAUCCCAUGGUAUGAAAAAAGAAAUUAUUUUACAAACAGGUGAUAACACAGAUUGUAUUUUAUCAUCUUGCGUUGCUGACAUUAAUAUGGAUGGCAAAAAUGAAAUAUUGUUAGGAACUUAUAGCCAUGAAAUAUUAAUAUUUAUGUGUAAUAAUGACACAUGGUCCUUGAUAGAUAAAAGAAAAUUUGAUUCACCGGUCCAUUCGAUCUGUUAUUUAGAUUUAACUGGUGAUGGCGUUAAAGAAUUAGUUGUACUCACGCAACGUGGUGUAUAUUUUUUACAGCAUGAACCAAAAUAUACGGAUGAUUUAUGGAGAAAACGAUUUGAAAAAUUUAUAAAACAAAAGACUGAUAAAAUGAUAGACAAUAAGUGA